AUGGCGGGCAGCGCGGGGGACGGGGAGAGCAGCCCAGGCUCGCUGCGGCGGCGGCUGCGGAGCGCGGAGGAGGCGCAGCAGCGCCAGGCGAGGCUGGUGCGGCAGCUGCAGGACGAGGUACUGCAGUACCAGACCUGGUGUCGAGAGUUGGAGCAGCAAGUGAGAGCUGGAGGGGGAUCCUUUCCCGGCAGGUGGGAAACCAUAGCAGACCACAGCCUGGAGAACGCACUGCUUCAGGUGGAAGAGGAGCAGCAAAGGCGUGAGAAUCUGGCAGAAGUGAACACUCUCCUACGAGAGCACCUCGAUAAAGCCAGUGAGGUUAAUUCUGCCCUCAAAGAAGAUGUUGGAAAACUGACGGCGGAUUGGAUGAGGGCCCGGGAGGAGCUGGAGYUGAAGGAGAGUGAAUGGCGCAGUGAACGUGAGCUUUAUGACAGCUAUGUAAGGGGGGAACAUAACCGUCUGCUCAGCCUGUGGCGUCAGGUGGUGACCUUCCGCCGCCACUUCCUGGAGAUGAAGACUGCCACAGACCGAGAUUUGUCAGAGCUCAAGGCRGAACAAAUGAGGCUUUCUGGAUCUAUUCUUGUGAGCUGCUCCCACCUGAACUCCUGUGUGCAGCUCAGGGAGUCCAUCACUCUGGGUAAACCUGUCCUGAAGGAUCAGGCAGAGCAGCAAGUGGAACCAAAAAUAGAUCAGACAGCUCAACAAGUGACAGCCUUACAAGUCAGGUGGGACAUGGAGAAGAAAGAGCUUCAGGACAGGGUGAUGGAACUCUCAGCCUUGCUUGUACAAUCUCAGAAGCAGAACGAGGAGAAGGAGAAGACCAUGAAAACACUUAACGACACAGUGGAGAUUCUAGAAUCAAGUUGGAUAGAGAAAGAAUUUGCAGCUUCAUUGACUAACAGUGCCAAAGAAGAGAAUCUUUUCCUUCAAAAGCUCAUUAAAAAUAUCACUGAGAUGGUGUUAGACGACAGUGACAGCAUGGUCAGCAUUAUCUGCACUGACAGUUCCCUGGCAGACUCUGGGGACAUCUUCUCAGCUCGGAGAUCUGUUGAUACGAGGCAUGCCUUUGGAUUGGUUCUGGAAGCACUGGCAAGGAUGCGAGGGGCAGCACGGGCCCUGAGAGAAGAGCUUUCUGCUAGGCAGGACUCAAACAAUUUCCUGCUGCAGCACCAAAGACAUCAGGAAGAGAAGUGCAGAGAAGUGCAGCAAAGGCUUGAGCAACUGGAGGAGAAAUGYAAGAAAUCCAGCAGCCACCAACAGCACCUUCAGUCUUUAGUAAAAACCCUCAGAAGUGACUGUGAAAAUCUCGAGAAAACUAGAGAAGAGCUACAGCAACAGCUUGGAAUAAUGGAGCAAGAAGCCUCAUGUCUGCGUCAGAGUAAUGCUGAGCUGCUGCUGAAGGAAGAGUCAGCCCAGGCAGAAAAGGCAGAGCAGCAGGAGAGGAUGGAGAGAGUGUGCCGUGAGCAGGAGCUCCUAAUGAAGGAUUUGGCUGCACUUGAGGAAAAACACUCAUCAUUGCAGCGUGAAUUGGUAGUUAAGAGGCAGGCACUAGAGAAAUUGCAGCUUCAGAAGGAUCUGCUGGAGCAAGAGAAGGAUGAAUUUGCCAUGGCUCUGGAGAAGGCAGAGCGGUCGGUGGCAGAGCUGACAGGGGCUCAGAACAAGCUGAAYGCUGAAAGAGCUGAUCUACAGGCUGCAGCAGCGAAGAUGAGCAGCAUCAAUGAAGCUCUUGCAUUGGACAAAGUGCAGCUGAACAAACAUGUGUGGCAGCUGGAGCAAGAGAAGGAAGUUUUGUCUGCUAAAGUGGAUGAGAUGGAGCGAGCAAAGAUCUCUGAGCAGGAGAAGCUGAACUUGUGUGAAAGAGCCAAUGAAGAGCUCUGCACAGAGAAAGCCCGGCUAAAGAAGCUGCUGAAGGAAGCUGAGGAGCAACGGGAGGAGCUGUGCAUGGAGCUGAGGACACUGGGAGAGGAGAAAGCAGAAACCCAGGAGAAAUUGUGUCAGGUGAGGCCAAAAGUAUGGUGCAUCCAUGUGGGCACUGGGCUGCUUGGAUGAGGAAAGCUUUACCUGUUGGAUUCUGCAGUGGUUUUGUCAAGGGACACAUGGUAGUGCUAGAGGUCACAAGGCUUUGUAUACU